AUUAUCGUAAGCCCACCGAACGGACUUUGAGUGUGGAGCGAUGACGUGUUAUGUGAAGUGAAGAUUGAAGACGUGAUAGAAGAUGGACGACUACUGCUAUGCUAAGAUGGCGACGUCCGCUAAAAGAGAAGAUGAAAGAGAAUCAACGCCACCAACGGAGAACAAUCUGAAAAGCGAAGAUGAAGACGUCCAGCAGCUGAUCGGUGAUCCAGAAGAAGUUUCCCCUCAGUUAGGGGGGAGCUCCACUUUGAAGCAGGAUACUCCACAACCACCCUGCAUUAAAAAGGAAGAGGAGGAACUCUGGAUCACUCAGGAGGGAGAGUGUCUUCUAGGACGAGAGGAAGCUGAUUACACCAAGUUUCCACUGAAUGUUAUCUUUGUGAAGACUGAAGAUGAUGAAGAGAAACCACAAGUAGACAACCUCUUAGCUCCACUAUCAGAUAGUGAGGCUGAAGACGAGGUUGAAGAACCUUUGAGCAGCAAUAAAGACUGUGAAGGUGAUAUGAGGACUCACACUGACAACAAACACUCUGAAUGCUCUACAAAGAAGAGAGGUCAAACAUGUUUGAGCUGUUCAGUUUGUGGCAAAAGCUUUUCUGUUCAGAGGAAUUUGACUCAACACAUGAGAAGACACACAGGUGAAAAAACAUGUAUUUGUUCAGUUUGUGGCAAAAGCUUUUUUGGUAAGAGUAAUUUGACUCAGCACAUGAAAACACACACAGGUGAAAAACCAUUUAUGUGUUCAGUUUGUGGCAAAAGCUUUACUGUUAAGAGGAAUUUGACUGAACACAUGAGAACACACACAGGAGAAAAACCAUAUAGUUGUUCAGUUUGUGGCAAAAGCUUUUUUGGUAAAAAUAGUUUGACUCAACACAUGAGAACACACACAGGAGAAAAACCAUUGAAGUGUUCAGUUUGUGGCAAAAGUUUUUCUCGAAAUAGCCAUUUGACGCAACACAUGAGAACACACACAGGUGAAAAAAAAUUUAACUGUUUGAUUUGUGGUAAAAAUUAUUCUGUUAAGAGGAAUUUGACUGAACACAUGGUAACACACACAGGAGAAAAAACGUUUAAUUGUUCAGUUUGUGGCAAAAGCUAUUCUACUAAGAGGAGUUUGACUGAACACAUGAGAACACACACAGGAGAAAAACCAUUUAUUUGUUCAAUUUGUGGCAAAAGCUAUUCUUUUAGGAGCAAUUUGACUGAACACAAGAGAACGCACACAGGUGAAAAACCAUUUAAGUGUUCAGUUUGUAGUAAAGACUUUUCUGUUAAGAGGAAUUUGACGGAACACAUGAGGGGACACACUGCACUAAGACCAUUUAAUUGUUCAGUUUGUGGUAAAAGCUUUCCUCAUAACAGCUCCUUGUGUCGACACAUGAGAACACACGCUGGAGAAAAAACAUUUAGUUGUUCAGUGUGCUGUAAAAGGUUCCCACAUAAUGCAGACGUAGUAAAACACAUGAGAACACACAAGGGAAAAUAACCAAUUAGCUGUUUAGUUUGUGGUAUGUUGCUCAUAUGUGGCGACAUCCACCCUACCCAGGACCUCCUCACUGCUUCUUUCACAAAUAUCUGAGGUAUUCAUACAAACUUGGAUUAUUUGAAGCAUAAUCUUAUCUACUCAUGACCCCAUGUCUUCUCUGUAUCUGAAACCUUCCUGAACAGUAAGAUAGAUGAUGCUUCAAGUGCUUGGUUACUCCUUCUUCAGUCCAGGGACCUGGGGCCUCAUGUGUCAUGUUUGCGCACGCACUAAAACCUGCACUACACCCUUUUUCAUGGCAAAGUUGAGAUGUAUCAAGUUGACUUGAAAAUUCAUAGCGGUCAUUCGCACAAUUCUACAGGCUGUGGAUACUUAAGCGACAUGCAUUAGUGAUGCUGGGUAACUGUUUGCAUAACAAACUGCCAACUUUUACUCCUCAGACUGAUUGAUGUGCAAAUCAGAGACAUAUGAACAAUUAACACCCACAACCCAACCCCCACCUCCCUCGACAUUCGGGCAUAACAGGUUCAAUCCGGCCCGCGAGAUGAGUUUGCGAAGUGUAAAAUUCAGCUUUUUUUUACUGAAGGAAACUGUUGUUCAAAAUGUGUCCACUGGAUGUCGCAAUAGCAAUUCUGUUAGGCAAGAAAUAAGUUUAUACCGGGGCGAGCAAGUAUACCAAGCAAGAGGUACACGGUAAAGCGGGGCUAUGACUCC